AACCUAUGGACCUUGCAAGCCCUACUGGAUGGAAUUGACAUUCAUUUGUCCCAGAAGGUUCACCACAGGUGGAGACUGCAGAUGUUGGAUUGGAGGGAUGUACACCGGGACUUCUGGACUGUAGGGCCCAGAGCCAUGAGUGCUGCCCACUCAGAAGAUGCCAGCAGUAAGGAAGCAGGAAAGCCUGGGUUGAGGAAGAAGAAGCCGACCUUGACAAUAUUUGUGCACCUUUGCUUUGAAGCCUGGAUUAGGUCUUGUGCCACCCGUGAUGAAUUACAACUCUGUCUCUUGAAGUGGGCCAGGAAGAGAAAAGCUUCAGUACACCUGAGCUGUGAGGUGAUGAUCAAGUCUGAUGCUGUCUUUACAAUCCUGAAGCUUCUUCGUGCUGUGCAACUGGACUCUAUCCAGAAGCUGUACGUGUCCAGUGACUGGGGUCGGGAAAGCAUGAAAGCAUUUGUUCCUCAGCUCAAGAAGAUGACGAACCUUCACACAUUUCACUUCAGUAGCCUGAGCCCAGAAGUAUAUACUUCAGCCUGGAAAAACAAGUGGCAUUCCCGCAUCUAUGCUUUUAACUUAGGACAGAUGCAAAGUCUCGGGGAGCUGCGUAUAGAUGACGUCUUCUUCCUGGAAGGACCUCUGCACAAAAUCUUGAGGAGCCAGACCCCCUUGGAGGCCCUCUCCUUGAGUUCAAGUCCACUGAAGGAAUCUGACCUAAAGCAUCUGGCCCAAUGUCCAAGCACAAGCAAGCUGAAGUCCCUGAGUCUUAAGAAGUUCUCAAUGAAGUCAUUCAACCUGGAGACCCUCCAGGCUCUGCUAAACAAACUGGCCAGCACCCUGGAGACCCUGGUCCUACAAAACUGUGACAUCACAGAUGCCCAGCUCCUUGCCAUCUUGCCUCCCCUGAGCUGCUGCUCCCAGUUCAAGACCUUCAGUUGCUAUGGGAACACCAUUUCCCCGGGCAUCCUUCAGGUCCUGCUGCAUGAGUGUACCGCACUGAGCCAGUUAACCAAGGGGCUGUAUCCUGCCCCACUGGAGAGCUAUGAGUCCAAGAUUCCUACAAAGUUUGUGCACCCUGAGAAAUUUCACCAGGUCUGUGCUAAAUUGGCACUGGUACUGAUGGACAUAAGGCCAUCCCUUCUGGUCCAGAUCUGUACCUACUCCUGUGAUUGGUGCAUGUUGUGCCAACUGUAUACGCUGGAGCCCAGUGGUAACUGGGAAACCACAGAAGAGUAUCACUAUUGA